GGUUCUGCAAAUGCCGGGCAUGUACUAUUAAAAAUGAUGCCUGAGCCUGUGCCUGGCACUUGCAGAACCCUAACAGUAGUGACUGGAGCUAAACUGUGGAAUCAUGCAUAUUGCUCUCCCAACCAGUCGUGUCAGUAUAAAGGAUGUAUAAAAA